GCAGGGGCUCGGCUGCUCCGGCAAACAUGUUCUCCCGAAAGAAGCGGGAGCUGAUGAAAACCCCUUCCAUCUCCAAGAAAAGCCGGGCAGGAAGCCCUGUCCCACAGACCCUGCCGGAUCUCUCCCGCAAGGAUUGCCUGGAGGCGCCCGGUUCCGGCCUGGGGGAGCUGCCCCCAGCCAGCUCCAAGCUCAGCACCAGCCCCAGCACCGUGGGCACCCUCAAGCGCCCCAGCAGCCUCAGCCGUCAUGCCAGUGCCGCCGGCUUCCCCCUCCCCGCCGCCGGCCCCAGGGCCGUGCCCAAGGGCCACAAAACCCCCACGUCCUACAGCUCCAUGGAGGGCGGGGAGGGCCCCUUCAUCGACCCCGAGGACAUCUCCCAGCUGCUGGCGGACGUGGCCCGCUUCGCCGAGGCCCUGGAGAACCUGCGGGAUGUGGUGCUGCGGGAUGACCCCAAGGAGCCCCAGCGGCCACUGGCCCACGAGUGCCUGGGGGAAACCCUGCGCAUCCUGCGCCAGGUCAUCAACAAGUACCCGCUGCUCAACACCCUGGAGACCCUGACAGCUGCUGGGACCCUCAUCUCCAAAGUCAAGGGUUUCCAUUAUGAAUCCAACAAUGAGACGGACAAGCGGGAGUUUGAGAAGGCUGUGGAGACCAUCGCCGUAUCCUUCAGCAGCACCGUGUCUGAGUUCCUCAUGGGGGAGGUGGACAGCAGCACCAUCCUCUCCAUCCCACCCAGUGACCAGAACCAGACCAUGGAGAGCCUCUAUGGUGGGAUCCCAGGGCCUGGGGGAGAUGGCACCCUUGCAGGCAUGGAAAGCUACGACACGGGGCGCCCUCCAGCCGAGGAAGUGGAUGUGAUGCUGCAGCGCUGCGAGGGGGGGGUCGAUGCUGCCCUCCAGUAUGCCAAAAACAUCUCCAAGUACAUGAAGGACCUCAUUGGGUACCUGGAGAAAAGGACCAUGCUGGAGAUGGAAUUUGCCAAAGGGCUUCAGAAGAUGGCAAACAGCUGCAAGCAAACUAUCAGUCAGGAGGCCAACAUGCCUUUCCUGUCCAUCUACCUGCUGUCCCUGGAGCAGGACAUGGAGCACGGGACAUCAGUGCUGCAGGCUGCCAGCACUCUGCAGCACCAAACCUUCCUCCAGCCGCUGACCGUGAGGCGCCUCGAGCACGAGAAGCGGCGCAAGGAGCUGAAGGAGCAGUGGCACCGGGCACAGAGGAAGCUGCAAGAGGCAGAGGUGAACCUGCGCAAGGCCAAGCAGAUCUACAUGCAGCGCAGCGAGGAGCACGACAAGGCCAAGUACAUGGCUGUGAAAGCAGAAGAGGAGCAGCAGAACACCACGGGCAGCAUCACCACCAAAACCCUGGACAAGAAAAGGCGGCUGGAGGAGGAAGCCAAGAACAAGGCAGAAGAGGCCAUGGCCACGUACAGGACUUGUGUUGCAGACGCAAACACCCAGAAGCAGGAGCUGGAGGACACCAAGGUGAACUCCCUGCGGCAGAUCCAUGAAGUGAUCAAACAGAGUGACCAGGUCAUCAAGACGGCCACAAUCUCCUUCUACCAGAUCAUGCACAUGCAGACGGCUCCGCUGCCCGUCAACUUCCAGACGCUGUGCGAGAGCAGCAAGCUGUACGACCCGGGGCAGCAAUACGCCUCGCACGUGCGGCAGCUGCAGCGCGGGGACGAGCCCGACACCCAGUACGACUUCGAGCCCUACGUGUCACACAACGUCUGGUCCCCCUUUAGUCGCACACGGAAAGGCAGCUUCAGCACCACCGACUUCCCCCCCAGCGCCGAUGGGGGCGGCUCGGAGGGAGGAGCAGGAGCCAAGGAGCAGCCGAGCGGGGCCGGGGCGGCCGAGCGCAGAGGUGGGAGGGGACACCAGGUCCACAAAUCCUGGCCAACCUCUGUCACGGAAGGUGACAGCAGCCUGGGUCCAAACACAGGUGAAUUCAGCCCCAGACUCCAGCGACUGGCUUCCAAUGGCCCCGUGUCCUCCAGCGAGGAACUGGAGAAGGACGAGCCCUCUGCCACCUUCGAGCAGGGCAUCAACGGGAUCACCCCGGAGCUGGUGGCUCCAACAGGGCCUUUCCGAAACGUGGGCUUGUCCAAGGCUGCCCAGACCCACCGGCUGAGGAAGCUCCGCGCCCCGUCCAAGUGCCGGGAGUGCAACAGCUACGUUUACUUCCAGGGAGCAGAAUGCGAGGAGUGCUACCUGGCCUGCCACAAAAAGUGUCUGGAAACUUUGGCCAUCCAGUGUGGGCACAAGAAACUCCAAGGGAAGCUGCAGCUUUUUGGGCAGGACUUCAUGAAGGCCUCUCGGGGCAGCCCGGAUGGCAUCCCCUUCAUUGUCAAGAAGUGCAUCUCUGAGAUCGAGAAGCGGGCACUGAAAACCAAGGGCAUCUACCGAGUUAAUGGUGUCAAGACCCGCGUGGAGAAGCUUUGUCAGGCAUUUGAGAACGGGAAGGAGCUGGUGGAGCUGUCCCAGGCCUCCCCUCAUGAUAUCAGCAACGUCUUGAAGCUCUACCUGAGGCAGCUGCCAGAGCCCAUUAUGCCCUUCCGGAUGUACAACGAGCUGAUGGGGCUGGCCAAGGAGAGUCUGCAGGGCGGGGAGGCCAAGGCCAAGGGCGGAAAGGGUGGCCCUGCGCUGGUGGACAAAGGAGCUGACACAGACAAGGUGGUGGUGAACCUGGUGCUGAGGCUGAAGGAGCUGUUGAGGGACCUUCCCUGGGAGAACAUGGCCACGCUUCAGUACCUCCUGCAGCACCUGAGGAGGAUUGUGGAGGUGGAACAGGACAACAAGAUGACCUCAAGCAACCUGGGCAUUGUCUUUGGGCCAACACUGAUGCGCCCAAGGCCCACAGAUGCCACCAUCUCCUUGUCCUCACUGGUUGAUUAUCCCCACCAAGCUCGCAUCAUCGAGGCACUCAUCAUCUUCUACUCAACCAUCUUUGAGAACGAGGAGACAGCAGCCCUGCCCGACUCCAGAUUUGCCACAGACAGCAAGGAGGGGGCAGCCAGCUGCUCGGAUGGGGCCAACACAAGCUCCCAGCCCGCGGCUGCUCCCGGCAGCAUCCCCUACCUUGAGCUGCCCUCGGAGAAGGGGAAUUUGGGUUAUGGCACCGAGUCAUUCCCAGAGCCCGGGGACCGCUCCGUGGACUCCGACUCAGAGCUGGAGGACAGCGGGGAGCUGCUGGCUGCCACGGACGGGGACCCCCGGACCCGGCUGACCAAGCAGGAGAGCGAGACCAGCACAGACGACGCUCAGUUCUGCGACGACGGCAGCGAAGGGCAGCGGAGCCGCAGCUGCAGCCUGGGGCAGGCGGACGCGCCCCCGGGAGAGGAGCACAGCGACACAGAGGAAUUCCCGGAGAGCCCCCCCCGCUGCCACCGCCCGCGGCAACACAAACCAGUCCAACAACACCCCCCAGGCGAGGGGGCAGGACCCAGGGAGGCCCCAGGCGUAGGCAGAAAGCUGCGCGGUUGGAGGGGGCGGCCCCGGGGGUCGGUGUGGCAGCCGCAGGCAGGGCCGCGCUGGUCGUGGCUGCAGCUUUCACACAAAACCCCUGAGCCCCCCGGCUGCGGCGGGGAGGGGCUGCUGGGAGCCCCCCAUGCCCAGCAGCCCAUGGAGCACGUUCCUUGGGAAGGAGCCAGAGCAGAGCCCUCCCCUUGCCCGGGACCGGGAAGGAGCCCCGGGCUCUGCUGUGCCCGGGCUGGGGGGAGUCGGGUGGGAACCACCCAGAGCACCUUGCCCAGGCCCUGCCCGGGGCCGUUACCAUCUAUAACCGACCAGACCAGGCAGCCAGAACCUGGCUGUGAAUUCACCAGCUCUACAUUCCCCAGGGACACGGGGCUCACCCAGCACUGAGCCCUUCCCAGCUCUGACAGGGUCUGACUGGAACUUACGGGCAUUUUUCCGCUUGUGAGGAGCCACAGGAAGUGACCCACAGGCACAGAGCAGGCUCAGGGACAGGUGUGCCUGGCUGCAGGGUCCUGAGCAUCACCUGUUCUCUCAGGGGUGGGUUUUUGAUAGACAUUUGGUCUCCAAAAACCAAAGGAAUUCCAAGGCAGAGCUGGGCAAGAGCUGCCUCCUCCUCAGGACCCAUGGCCUGAGCCCAGGCCAGCAGGAGGGAACCUUCACCAUGGACCCCACUACCUCUGCUGGCAAAGGAACUGGGAAGCUUAGACAAGACCAAAGGAUUAUUUUUUUUAAAGCUACAAGAGUUUUCUGCACUGAAGCAUAGAAGAACAAGUAGAUUUUAAGCUUAGAAAGAGCCAAAAGCUGUUUCCUUCUGUUACCCUGCUUGUACCUGGGCUGUGUUCCUGCUGCCAGCACCGAGCCACUGGACCCCUGCCCCAGGAGACCAGGAGCUCCCACCUGGGGAUGGAGGUGCAGGAACCUCACACCCAAAGCUGGUUUGUAAGGAUUAGCCAGACCCUGAGAGGCCAGACACUGGACCAUCCCUGAGCACACGAGGCCUCACAGCUCCCAGGCUGGAGGGACAGUGAGGGGCCAGGGGGGGACUCCAGCCAGGGAAGCUGAGCAGGAGCAAUUCCAGCUGAAUAUUCACCCAGUGGCACGGGGGGUGGGGAGGAGUGGGUGUUAUUUGCAUCCCAUUACUGCAGAACUGGGCAAUCAGCCAGGGGUUUGACCCCUGAAGAGGAUUAGGAUAACAGAGCCCUCCUAAACUGGUGGGAAACACAUGCCAGCACGGCAGGUUCCAGGUACACAUCCCCAGAGAUCAUUCACAGUCAGUUUAUAACUGAGCCAAAGAAGAGCUUGAGGUACCUGCAAGACGUUCUGCUCCACAGCUCUUCACUGGAUGGGUGGGUUUUCCCAGCAGGUGGUUCCCAGCAGUGCAGCUGGUGCCAGGUCCAGGUGUGUGUGUGUGUGUGAGGGAUGGGAGCUGCACAGGGUCCCCAGGGAGCAGGGACCCGUGUCAGCCCAGCCUGGAGAGUGGAACGUGUUUGUCUUGAGGUGUCUGUGCUGCUGUGUGUCAUGCCAUGCUGUGUUCAGAUGGACAUGCUUCCAGAAAUAAU